ACGGCCAAAAUUCCCAUAUCGGUGGGAGAUGAGGUGGCCGAGGUCACGCGUUUCUGGCUGCUUGGCGGUCAGGCGUCUGAACCGGGCAUUUCACAUUCGUGUGUGUCAGUAGUCCUGCCUGAGGCACACCAACAGGGAAAUGAGAAGACUCAGGAGAGAAAUGAACGCUCGCACAUUCCUUUCCGUCACCUCCUCCUUCACCUCGUCCUCAUAAUUCCAAUCCUCAUCCUCCUCUUCUUUAUCUUCACUUUUCUCUCCACCUUAUCCGCGUACUCGUUCUAUUUUACUCCUCAUUCUCCUCACCCUCCUCUGCUUCAUUCAUCUCUUCCUCAUCAUCGUGUCUUUUAUCUAUCAAAAACACAUACUUCUCUUCCCUCUACUUCUCCUACUCCUGCCCCUCCCCUUCCUCCUUUAUCUCCAACUCAGCAUCAUUAUCGUCAUGUUCUUCAAACUUAUACUUUCAUUUCUUCUCACUCUCCUCCUCCUUCUCGUCCAUUCUCUCUUCCUCUUGCUCCUCCUCUUCCUCAAUUAUCUCCUCCUCAGCCUCAUUCUCUCCUCCCUCUUCUCCUCUUGCCUCUCUUCUUCCUCCUUCAUCUUCUCCUCAGCAGCAUUCACGUUCUUUUCUUCAAACUUAUACUUCUAUUUAUCCUCCCCCUCCUCUUCCUUUUAGUCCUCCCUCUUCUCCUCUUGCCUCUCUUCUUCCUCCUUCAUCUUCUCAGCAUCAUUCACGUUCUUUUCUUCAAACUUAUACUUCCAUUUAUCCUCCUCUUCCUCUUCUUUUUCGUCCUCCCUCUUCUCCUCUUCCUCCUUCAUCUUCUCCUAAGCAUCAUUCUCGUUCUCUUCUUCAAACUUAUACUUCCAUUUCUUCUCCUAAUCCUCCACGUUUUACUCAUCGUCUUCCUCUACCUCAUCCACUUCCUCCACAUAUUUUAUUUCCUCGCUCUCUCUCUUCAACCUUCUCCUCGCCUUCCUUCACUUCCUCUUUCACUGUCUUCAUAUUCUACUUUUCAUCGUCUUCUUUCUUCCACCGCCUUCUCAAGCCUGUUCACAUCAUCCAUCACUUACUUUCCUAACUUCUCCUCCUUUUUCCCUUCUCCCUGCUUCUUCUUAACAUCUUCCUUCUCCUUAUUCUACACGUUUCCUUCUCCUCCUUCAACUCCAUCUCCUUCUCCCGCUUUACCUUUCUCUUCUCUUCCUACUUUCUUCCCACUGCGAUCCACUCAAUUUCCUUCUUCUCGUCCCUCUCGUCCUCCUCCUCUUUCUCUUCUCCUCCUCUGCCCCCCAAAGUGUGAGGUGACUUUGUACCUUUACCCCAUCGAGGCGAUGGUUAGCAAGCGGCUGCUUCACUUAUCCCAACGAAACUGUACAGCUCCAUUCCUCCCAACUCCGAAGUCUCCCUCUGCUGGCGACCUGCUCUCUCGUCUGGGCUGGCUCUGGACGUCGGAGGCGAAUGACCAGAACCGGACGACAACUCGAUGGUGCGAUAACACACCAACAGGAGGGAGGCGAGCCCGAGGACAAAGCUACGCGAUAAGGGCACUUGUCCUGGCAAAUUCGUCCAGGCCGUGGUACCAUACUCCCAGAGACGGCAUGAGAAAUCCCACCAGAUGGUCGAGUCUUGAGGCGAAUGCAGCCAGUGACACGAGCCAAUCGUGUGAGUCUGUCACCACCCGUACAGUUGCCUAG